AUGGUUCCACACCUGAUUCCGAUGCUGGAACCCGAUCCGAUGAUGGAUAUUAGAUGUGCAGUUGAUAUCAAAAAUAUUACAUGCCUACUGAGUAUAUGGUGCUUGAUGACACUCAAUCGGAAGAGCAGUCACAUGAUACACCCAUUUUUAAAAGCGCAUGCAACUAUUGUAGAUGUGCAGAAUGAUCAAAACACAGUUGUAGAUGAUACUACUAAGGUUGAUACCUCUGGUGAAGAUGAACAAGAUCCUCCAGUGAUAAGGAUUGAUUCAAUAAAAGCAACUAAGGAGAUUGGAAAAGUGAAUGAAGAAAAGGGAAAGGUUGAAGAUGAGAAAAAUGAAAAGGAUGCAAUUAUAGAGGUAGCAGAGAAGAAAAAAGGGAAGGAGAAGGAUGAUCAGGCUCCGAUGACAUUGGAAAGAGACACUAUAGCUGACAAGGGUAAACAGAUGGCAACAAGAAUUGAUAGCUCUACAGAACCUUCUGCUGGUACUGAUGCAGUACUCACAACUCCAUUGUCCCUUGAUGGUGAGUUGAGAUAUCGGCUGGAAGGGCAGAGGCAGGAAAACAUUGUGACCAGAAUUUUGAAUCUAUUCAAAUGCAUCAGACCAGGGUCUGAUCUAACCAAGUUCCAGCUGCCCCCACAGUUCAAUCUGCCCAAAUCACAGCUCCAACUUUUUGGGGAGACUGUGUACUGCUAUUCCCAAGACUUACUAAGCAAGUGUGCACAAGGAAAAACUGCUCUUGAAAGGUUCAAUUCUGUGGUUGCUUGGAGUAUCUCUACUACCAGACCUCCAAUCUGUGGGAAAGCUCCAUACAACCCCAUUCUUGGGGAAACUCACCAUGUCUCCUCUGGGAACCUCAAUGUGCUUCUUGAACAGGUAUCACAUCAUCCACCUGUAAGUGCCUUGCAUGCAACCAAUGAAUCCCAAAAGCUGGAAUUGAAUUGGUGGCAUUAUCCUCAACCCCAAUUCUAUGGAAAAUCAAUUGAAGUUAAAGUGCAUGGGAAAAGAGAACUGACGCUGCUGGAAUUUGGUGAAACCUAUGAGAUGAAUUGUCCUCAGCUACGCAUAAAUUUAUUUCCCUUCCCAACAAUUGAAUGGAUUGGUAAUGUAGAAAUCCAGUGCAGGCAAACUGGAUUGAAGGCGAACUUAUCAUACAAGGGAAAAUCCUUCUUUGGUCUCAAGGGACCCAACACUAAAAUAUGUGGAAGUAUUGGCCGAUACUUCUCUCCUCAAGAUGUACUCUAUGAGCUACAUGGAGUUUGGGAUGGAACUGUCACGCUGAAAAACAUUAGCACGGGAAAUACCAGCAUUUUAUACGAUGCAAAGGAAGUCAUUUCAAAUUUGAAAAAACCCAUCAUUCAUAACGAGGAGGGAAUUACCCCAACAGAAUCAGCUUUGGUUUGGUCGGAGGUGAGUAAGGGGAUUUUGAAUGGAGAUUGGAGUAGCGCUGCAGCAGCUAAAACAAGAGUGGAAGAAGAGCAACGAAAUUCUACAAGACAAAGGGAAAGUGGUGGAAUGUCGUGGAUUCCAAAGCACUUCAUCAGAAAAGGAGAUGGAUGGGACUAUUUGCAUAGGCCAAGACUUGUUUCACCAGCUCCAAUUAGUGUACUAUAAAAUCAAUAGAGAUAUUUUGCAGGAAACUGAAAAUCUUUUAUACACCCAUUUCUUGGGCAUUUUCUCUGCACGUAUUUGUCAUGAUAUAUGUAUUCAUUUAAAAAU